CUUUUGUGUUGAUAGUUACUUUUUUUCUCCUCUCUUUCCCUUUCUCUUUCCUUUUCUUCUUUUCUGUGUUCUCUUACUGGAAGGGUCAUUUCAACGGGAGGUCCAUUUGUUUUCGAUCUCAGGUGCAUCGAUAGGGUUGUUAUUUUUACAACAGCCGCCUGUUUGCUCCCUGCGCUUUCACUGUGGAGCCGUCUACGGAUGCUUGCUUUGAGGAGUAGGCGUUGUUCGCGGUCGCUUUUCUUCCUCCUUUCCCAUUUCACCCUUUGUCCCAGCAUAGCUGUUACGCCGCUCCCAAGAGCAAUUUCCUACGCUGGUGUGGACUUUGCUACGUCGUGAAUGGUUAUCGGGGAUGGACGCGCAGUACCCGUUUGCAUCAAGAGAAGACAUCUGGCGCAUUAAAGAGGAAGUGAAAGACCUCUUUGCAGCCCAGCUCGAACACGGAGAGCGGAUAUCUAGGCUGGAACGGCGUCGGGACGACGAUGCGAGGAUGAAGAGUGUUUGGGGUCCGUUAUCUCCAUUCCCGGGACCUAUUGGCACCCAGCACCAUCAAGAAUCAUCCUUUAAUCCGACUGCUGAGCCUUUCAAAGGUUUUGAUCAAACACACCAGCAUGGGUUGACGGGAGUGCUGCAUAUGGAAAACGAGGACGAACCUCGUCGUGGGGCUUCACGGGCAAAUAGUGUGCGAUUCGACGAGAGCUCGAUGUAUUAUAACCAAGCAAACAGAUCAGCGACGGAGUUCCUCCCAUUGAGGACUGGCAGUGGGCUGGGAAGCCAUCCCCUGACAGAGCGGUCGCUUUCUCAUCGAUCUGACGGGAAACAGAGCUCUUCUGGCCAAUCUCACCAUUCCAUGCGCACCAAUAGCAUGGGGCUGGAAGCAUCUCGUUUGCUUGGUGGUGGAACUGGACCUUCGUCUACCAGCAAUACUCCUUUGCCGCCACCGCCCGGACUGUUCAUUUUAGGUCCCUCUCCUUGCAUCAUUCGUUGCUGGCUUACGACAAAUUUUUCCAAUGACUCACUGCUUUACGCUGUGGUGUGUACGGGAUCGUACCGCUCAGCCAUUAGCGAUCAAAUGGUGCGGAAACUAGGGCUUGAGGAAGAGGCGGCCGAGGAGAAUGGCGUGCGAAUCAUCAAACUUCCAGUCUACCUCCCCGAGGCCAGUGUCUAUCAGCCGUCUUCUCGCGGCGGGAGCCCAGUCCCUCAGCUGCCCGCGUUGACGGUUCGAUUUGUCAUUCGUGGCGCAGGUUUGGGUGACAAAAGCAUCCAGAUCGUCCUGGGCAGCGAUGUCCUCCGUGCACACAACGCGGACAUUCUAUUCUCGCAAGAUAAGAUGCUCAUUGUUGACGACGAGCGCAACAAAAUCUCAAUACCUUUGGUUCGCCCGGAGGAUGAUUCUACGUUUAGAAAUCUAGCUACUGGUCCUGAGGCCACUCUUGCGCUAGGAUCGGCACAGUACAAUGGGGCUGUCGAUGACAAGCGAAAUGGUUUCCCAACGACCAAUGGGGACCAGGCCGGCACUGAGCGUGAACCUCCAGCUUCUGUGGCCCAUGAUAAUAGCACAUUCCCGAACAAAGCCGAUACAUCCGCUUCCCUACCUGCUCGCAACUCAUCAGACUCCUUCGACAUCUUAGGACGGACACAAACCCGUUCACCCUCGCGCCAUUUCGCCGGCGACCCCACAGACAACAGCAAUAGAAGCCCAGACCCGCGCCGUCCCAAAUCCAGCACGGGUGAACGCACCUCUACGGGCACAUCAGCCUCAUCUGCGAAAGCAGAAGGUAGCGGCGUUUGGGGACCCUGGCGCCGCGAUACGACUGGUAGUAAGGGGGAUAAUACGGGAACAACGGGAGCGUCCACAACAUUUACGGGGCCAAGUAUCCACAGCAGCUCCAAUAGUCCUUUCAUGUCCGCUUACCAGCGUUCCACACGAACGCGAAAUAUGAAGAUCCUGAAACCGACUAAAUCGGCCUCGUCCGUGAGCACGCUGUCGAAACAGGCGUCCUCCGGCGCUCCUGGUACCUCUGUAGCCACAGCCACAGCCACGGCCACAACUACAACUUCUGCAGCAGGAACUGCCCCGUCUGGCGUCGCCAAUGACAUCCGCUCCCCCACAGAACAACACCGUAUCAACACGAGCGCCAGCGGCGAGGGGCACGAUCAUAUGACAACAUCUUCAUCCCAUCCUGCGCUGCCAUCCGUGAAUGGUACUGGUUCGGGGAAAUCCUCUUCUAGCGAUGGAGGUGGUGCAGGGCCGUGGUCCGGCAAGUCUCGCCCGGCGAACCCCGUGGGCGGGGCGUCGGCGUUCGGAUGGUUGAAUUCAUCGCAGCGGAAAAGGGAUGAGGUGGGUUCUGAGUAAGACAGUGCAGUGCGGUGGUGGGUGAGUUGAUGGAUAUUAAGGAUAUGGCUAUGGUUAUGUAUGGUUAAGGAUAUGUGAUGUGUGAUUGUCUCUUUUGAUAAUAAAAAAGUAAUGUGGCGGAAUAUGAAGGAAGAGAUGCAAGGAUGGACACCUGGGGUCGGCAGACAUCAUAUCUUGAUAUAAUGGUUACAGAAAUGAUGUAGCGGAACAUGGGAAAAGGCUUAAUCCUAAUUCCACCGAUGGAUUUUUGGUCCAUGUACUGUGCGU